UGAUGCACGCUAUUCAUAGUAUUUGUCAAUGUAACUGAUAGAGAAGAAGAGUUCAUUCGGGAAGCUGUCUAUUUUUACUAACGAGAAUUGGACUGUCAAACGUUUCUGUCACAAUAUAUAUCAAGAGCCCAUGAGAAGGAGAUGAGUGUCCCAGACUACAUGCAGUGUGCUGAGGACCAUCAGACGGUCCUGGUGGUGGUCCAACCUGUGGGCAUCGUCCCUGAGGACCAGUUCUUCAGGAUCUACAAACGCAUUGCCUCUGUGGCCCAGGUGUCCAUCCGGGACUCCCAGCGGAACCUCUAUAUCCGCUACCGCCACCACUACCUCCCGGAGAACAACGAGUGGGGAGACUUCCAGACACACCGCAAGGUGGUGGGCCUCAUCUCCGUGACGACCUGUGGUUCGGCUAAAGAGUGGCCACAGACGUUGGACCGUUUCCACAGCCAGAAGGAGGUGUUCGGAGCCACACUGUACGACUCACGGCUCCUGGUGUUCGGGCUGCAGGGGGAGAUAGCAGAGCAGCAGAGGACGGAUGUGGCCUUCUACUCUAGCUAUGAGGACUGUCCCAAUGUGGAGAAAAGGGUGGAGGACUUUGUGGAGUCCAUCUUCAUUGUGCUGGAGUCCAAGAGGCUGGAUAGAGCCACGGACAAGUCUGGGGAUAAGAUACCACUGCUCUGUGUUCCCUUUGAGAAGAAAGACUUUGUGGGGCUGGACACUGAUAGCAGGCACUAUAAGAAGCGUUGCCAGGGCCGUAUGAGGAAGCACGUUGGGGACCUGUGUUUGCAGGCAGGCAUGUUGCAGGAUGCCCUGGUCCACUAUCACAUGGCUGUGGAGCUGCUCCGCUCCGUCAAUGACUUCCUGUGGCUGGGGGCUGCGUUAGAGGGCCUGUGUUCAGCCUCUGUUAUCUUCCACUACCCUGGAGGAACAGCAGGGAAGGCUUCUGGACGCAAACCCAGCCUGGCACAGGGCCAGGGACAGGCAGCCGACGCAGGGAAGAGACACCGGCCAGGGGCACAGGAGGUACUCAUUGACCCAGGUGCCCUCACAGCCAAUGGGAUCAGUGCAGACACCAGCAGUGAGAUCGGUCGGGCCAAGAACUGCCUGGGCCCUGAGGACAUUAUCGAGAAAUACAAGGAGGCCAUCUCCUACUAUGGCAAGUAUAAGAAUGCAGGCGUGAUAGAGCUGGAGGCGUGUGUGAAGGCAGUCAGGGUGCUAGCCAUUCAGAAGAGGGCCAUGGAGGCCUCAGAGUUCCUCCAGAAUGCUGUCUACAUCAACCUGGGACAGCUGUCAGAGGAAGAGAAGAUCCAGCGGUACAGCAUCCUCUCUGAGCUCUACCACCUGAUUGGUUUCCACCGUAAAUCAGCCUUCUUCAAGCGGGUAGCAGCCAUGCAGUGUGUGGCCCCCACCAUCCCAGAGCCUGGCUGGAGGGCCUGCUACAAGCUGCUGCUAGAGACCCUGCCUGGAUACAGCCUCUCCCUCGACCCCAAAGACUUCAGCAAAGGUUCCCACUGUGGCUGGGCGGCGGUACAGAUGCGUCUGCUCCAUGAGCUGGUGUACGCAUCCCGUCGUAUGGGAAACCCCGGCCUGUCUGUCCGCCACCUCUCCUUUCUGCUCCAGACCAUGCUGGACUUCCUCUCAGACCAAGAGAAGAAGGAGGUGACUCAGAGUCUGGAGAACUACACGUCUAAAUGUCCAGGGGGAAUGGAGGUUCUCACCCUGCCUGAUGGCCUCAAACUGCCCCCUGUAGCCUUCACCAAGCUACCCAUCAUCAGAUCAGUGAAGCUGCUGGAUCUGCCCGUCAGCCUGCGCCCCCACAAACAGAAAGGCCUCCUGGAAAACAACAUGUCCACCAAGAGUCCCUUCAUCUACUCUCCCAUCAUCAUGCACACCAGGGGAGAGGAGCGCAAUAAAAAGAUAGAGUUCCAGUGGGUCCAGGGAGAAGUGUGUGAGGUCCAGCUGAUGGUCUACAACCCCAUGCCCUUUGAACUCCGUGUGGAGCACAUGGGUUUGCUGACAUCGGGUGUUGAGUUUGAGGCCCUGCCUGCUGCCCUGUCCCUGCCUGCUGAGUCUGGUCUCUACCCAGUCACCCUGGUGGGGGUCCCACGCACCGCAGGCAACAUCACUGUCAACGGCUACCACACGUCAGUGUUUGGUGUGACCAGUGACUGUCUCCUGGAGGGUCUACCCAGUGUGUUGACCAGUGGCUGUGUGGUGGAGGUCAUUCCAUCAUUACCCCGUCUCCAGCUCAGCACCUCUCUACCACGGUCGGCCCAUCCCCUCCAGCCCUCUAAAGAGGAGUUGUCCAGCAGUGUGUCUGUCCAGCUGUUUAACGGAGAGACGCAGCAUCUGACCAUCACCCUGGAAAACAUCGGCUCUGAAGACCUGGAGACGCUGGAGGUCGCCUCCAAGACCUGUAAUACUAAAGAGAAGUUGUUUGGAGAGUUCCUGAGCUGGGACCUAGACGAGGCUGUGUCUCAGCUGCCUCUGAAGCCAGGCCAGUCUGUCACCCUCACCGUCAACAUCAAAGUCAGACUGGACUUCUCUGGAGGAGAGAACCUGCUACAGGACCUCAACGAUGAUGGCAUCAGUGUGACAGGCCUUCCCAUCUCCAGCCCCCUGAGACAAGUCCUCAAACCCCGGGCCGAGACCAAGCCCCUGGGCAGCGAGUCCAGCAAGACAGACUACAACCACGUCAAGACGUUGGAAGCUGUGAUGACGUUUAAGUACUCUGGGGGAGCAGGCAAGGUGGAGGGCUACUAUCGGGACCUGACCCUGGGAGUGCAUGUUGACAUAGAACCCUCUGUGUUCUUCACCAGAGUCAGCACACUACCAGCCACCAGAACCCGUCAGUGCCACCUGCUGCUGGACGUGUUCAAUUCAACAGAACAUGAGCUGACGGUCAGCGCCAACAACAACCAGGACCUGGUGCUGCACGCCUCAGAGUGUCAGAGGAUGGCGAUCCAGGUGGAUAAGUUUGACUUUGACACUUUGCCCCAGCCAGACCAGGAGGCCUUGCGCUACACCAACCCCAAACUACUGGAGGAGGAGAGGCUUCACGCCCAGGCCUCUAUGAUCAACAGCACCCUGGGCAUCACCUGGAACAUCCCGUCUGUCCGUCGCCAGGGAGAGGCCAGUGUGGAGGGAGUCCUCAACCAGUUGGUCCUCGAGCACCUGCAGCUGGCACCUCUACAGUGGGACGUGGUGGUGAACGGGAAACCGUGUGACUGUGACAUCAUCGCCGACUGUAGGGUGGGCGACGCCGUGCCAUUGGAGGUGAAACUGACCAAUCGUAGUAAGAACGCGGUCGGACCGUUCGCCCUGACCGUGGUUCCCUUCCAGGACUACCAGAACGGAGUUCAGAACUAUGCCCUGCAGGACGCAGUCACCUUCAUAGGAUCUAACACCUUCUACAUAGACACGGUGAAGCCCACAGAGAACUCUGUGUGUAUGGGCGCCCUCCUGUUCCUCUACACUGGAGACUUCUACCUCAACAUCAAGUUCCAGGAUGACAGUGCUGGCCAGGGAAAGGAGCUGCCCCCAUCCUGGUUCGGCCUGCCCAGCGUGCACAUCAAAGCCCUGGAGGCACCCAUAGAGGCUGGGGCAUAGAGCCUGGCACAACUUUAAACGAGGAGAGACGGGUUCACCCACUUACUGCACACACCGCUGAAGGCAUGGAUAGAUGGAGCAUUCGAGGAGAGGACAUUGAACUAAAUAUUCUAGCGGUUAGCUGAUGUAAAUAGCUGCUAUAACUCUAAGGUAUUUGUGUGUACUCUCUGUUAAAGCAUGUAGGAUACAGUAGAUCUUACUGGAAAUUUUGGAAAUCACCUUUAAAAUCACGUUAUGAAUUUCAUCACCAUAAUCAUUGAAAAGUAUCGGUUGUGGACUUUUUGUAUUGUUCGUGUGAAAAGGUCCUGCUUUUAACUCAGCUUCCCAUUGAUGCAUGGCACUGUACUGUCCUGAUGCGCUCCAAAUGGGAGGAGUGUGUCAGGUCCAGUCAAGUUCUGUGUUGUGUGUCCAACCCUUCUCUCACAACAAUCUGUCUGAGCAGCACCGUACAGAUACUCUCAUGUAAACAUGGUUACCAAGCAGCAUCCUCCUGGUUAUAUGAUCCUACUUCUAUCUCUAUGGAAAUAAGGUCAUAUAUUCUGAGCUUUUAUUCCACCACAUGAUCACAUCUAUUGCUUUGUGCUACUGCAAUUAGCUUGAUCUCUCUCUCUCUCUCUGUCUGUCUGUCUGUCUGUCUGUCUGUCUGUCUGUCUGUCUGUCUGUCUGUCUGUCUGUCUGUCUGUCUGUCUGUCUGUCUGUCUGUCUGUCUGUCUGUCUGUCUGUCUGUCUGUCUGUCUGUCUGUCUGUCUGUCUGUCUGUCUGUCUGUCUGUCUGUCUGUGUGUGUGUCUGUGUGUGUGUCUGUGUGUGUGUCUGUGUGUCUCUCUGUCUCUCUGUCUACAUGGAUUUUUACUACUGAACUUGUAUAUUUGGGCCUCUGUAUCAUUGUCUCUCAAUAAAAUCCUACAAUGCAUGUUCACAAUAAAUGUUGAGUUUAGCCAACUUCUGAAAGGGUGUUGUUUGCAUGUAUUUGAUAAAUGGAGUUUAUCAACAAA